AUGUCAACACACUAUAUUGAUAUGACUGCGGAUAAAUGUAUAGAUGGUAAUCCACGUCGUGAUGCAAAUUAUUGUGAUUGCUGCAGUCAUUCUAAUAAUGAUGCAAAUCCAUGGAUAACUGUAGAUCUUCUGGAAGUACAUGAAAUAUUUCAAAUUCAUGUUGCUGGUAGAAAUGAUGAUUAUAGAAGAAACAGAGAUGUAACUGGGUUGGAAUUAUUUGCAAAUGGUACUAACAACCUUAUGCUCGGUAACUUUACAUCAGCGAAUGCUAGUGACGUAAUAGUGACGUUACCACAAGGACUACACAGUCGCUAUAUAACACUCAGACGACCAAUUCCACAGAACGUUAACGAAUGGUAUCUUAUUGUUUGUGAAGUGGAAAUAUAUACCAGAUACUGCAAACCAGGAACUUACGGAAAUGUAUGCGAACAACAAUGCGGACAUUGCAGACAAGGGCCGUGCAAUAUCGAUUCUGGACAUUGUCCAAAUGGAGAGUGUAUGGCAGGAUGGACGGGGUUAGAGUGUAAAACUGAAUGCGACUUGGGGUACUAUGGCCUGAACUGCUCCUCCGUCUGUAGUCCUCAUUGUUUUAACGACGAAACUCAAUGUAAUAAAAUUACUGGAAACUGCAUGCAAGGAUGUGAAGCCGGAUAUAUGGGUCACAACUGUUCUAUGGAAUGUACAGCUGGUAAAUUUGGUCGUGAUUGUAGAAGUACGUGCACCAGCAACUGUCUACAAGGUUUUGGUCAGUGCAGCAAAAUUACUGGAGAAUGUCAGAGUGGCUGUGUGUCUGGAUUUAAAGGGCAUAACUGUUCGACUCCGUGUGAGACUGGACGAUUUGGUGAAAAUUGUACUUCGUACUGCAGUAUCCAUUGUUUUAAAGGAAUUGAACAAUGUAACAAAUCAUCGGGUAUAUGCGAGGAAGGUUGUGAUGCUGGCUAUAUGGGCAAUAAUUGUUCAACAGUUUGUCCUGAUGGUCAGUAUGGUCGAAAUUGUACCGGAACUUGUAGUGAUCACUGUAAGAACGGUAAAGUUGCGUGCAACAAAACAACAGGAUAUUGUAUGGACGGCUGCAAUCCUGGAUUCACAGGACCUAAAUGUUUUCUAGACUGUCCACAUGGCACAUUUGGCGUAAACUGUAGUGGUAAAUGUCAUUGUUACGGUGAAACAGAUUGCAACAGAAGAGACGGGAAUUGUAGUACAGGCUGUGCGUUUGGAUGGUCAGGAUCCAAUUGUAGCAAUGAUUUAAAUCUUAUAGAACGUAUCUGGGAAAAGGUUAGCACCAGUCAGUCUAGUACAUUUUCUCCGUCACAAGAUUACGACUCUAGUAAAGCAAUAGACGGAGUUCAGAAUUAUUCAGUAGAUACAUGUAAAUGUUGCAGUGUAACAAAUGGGAACUCUCCUUCAUGGUGGCAAAUUGAUCUUGGACAGAAAUAUUUAAUAGGUGGUUUGCAGAUAUUUGGAAGUGAAUCAAGUAAGAUGAGGGCAUUCCUUUGUAGGCAUCAACAGUUAGAACAUGCAAGAGUUUAUGCUGGCAAUUAUUCAACGACAGUAAACCCGUCAGUAAAUAUGACAAUUAUUUACGAGGUUCCAGAUAUGACAAACAAACGACACUUUACCAAGGAACUAGAAGAACCAUUAAUUGCACAAUUUGUUUUAGUACAGUUGACACAGCCAGUGAUGACGUUGUGUGAACUUAAAUUAUAUGAGAAAGAAUGUGAAAUUGGAAAUUUUGGAGCUGGUUGUUUGCAUAAAUGCCAUUGUAAAGAUAAACGUGCAUGUAACCAGGUAACAGGUAAAUGUCAGACACCAGGUUGUCUAGCAGGGUGGCAAGGAGAGGCUUGUGAAAAUGUUUGUGGUGUUCACAAGUUUGGUGAUGGAUGCAACAACACUUGCAACUGUAAAAAUGGUACUUUAUGUGAUAAUACUAAUGGAAUAUGCUUUAUAGGGCAAUGUGAUCCCGGAUGGCUUCUACCAACCUGCAGCGAAGAUAUAAACAUUUUGAGGCGCUUGGAUGUGCAAACAGCUAUGUCAUCAACAUUACUUAAUUGGACUUCAAAUCGCGCAAUUGAUGGAAAGAUUGGUCCAAUACCUGAGGUUUGCAAUUGCUGCAGCGGCACAAAGAAUUCCCAAUUGUCUUGGUGGAUGGUAGAUUUAGGACAACGGUAUCCUAUCAGUAGCGUUACUGUGUAUAGUAGAGACAACGAGAGAAAAUAUAAACAACUUACCAAUUUCAAGCUUUAUUUUUCUAAUAAUACUGGACAAAGUUCAUAUCAUCUGGUUGAAAAUACCACGAGGCGGAUAGAUGGAAAUGAACAUGUGCUAACUUUUUCAAAUCAGCUAACAAGAUAUAUUAAGAUCCAGAGACCAGGCAUCCUGACUUUGUGUGAAGUUUUGGUGACUGAAGGGGAAUGUGAGGUAGGAACAUUUGGCGAGGAAUGCUCCCAAAUUUGUCACUGUGCCGAUGAACGUGCAUGUGAUAAAAGAAAUGGAUAUUGUCAGUCAGAUGCAUGUAAAGUUGGUUGGAUUGGUACAUCGUGUAACAAAGAAUGUCCGAAGAACAGUUUUGGAGACAAGUGUAGUGAGAGCUGUUUUUGUGCAGAUGGUACAUGUACUAACGACUAUGGGAUAUGUGAAAACGGUUGCCAAGACGGAUACACUGGUUUCCAUUGUAAUCAAGUUGAUGAAAUGAACAAUCAAACCCACCAGGCAGAAAAGAAGAAGAAUGCAACAGCUCUCGUAGCAGGUGUUGUCAGUGGAUCAAUUAUUGUCCUGAUACUAAGCGCCUUAAUUGUUGCUGUUUUAAUAUUUAGAAAGAGAAAAAGUGAGAACAAUAAAAGUCACUACUCAACGCCAAAAUCUCGAGCUGCUCAAGAUGAUCCAGAUUAUGACACUUUAGAUGUACUCAAUGAUAACCAGGGACAAAGAAGUGCAACGUAUGAAAAUGAAGUUGUAUCUAGCAUGUGAUGCACUUGACUCGAAACAAAAUCAACAUGAUAAUAAUUUUGUACAUGGAAGUUAAGAUCGUGUAAAACUGAUUUUAUUUUCAUUAAUAAAACGGAUGUUAUGAGAUAUCGUCCAAUGUAAUUUAUCAUUGCUUAUAAUUUUAUAUGAUGAACAAGAUUAAGAAGGGAAGGUGGUGUUCAUUGAACGCAACCCCCACCCGACCCAGCAGCAAAGGACCAGUGGCUAGGCACUAGCAGGACCCCAAACAAAACAGGACUCUGCACAAGGCAAACCACGGACUGGAUAAUCACUUUAAUAAUACAUAAAAUAAAAGAUACGGUAAUAACCGACAAGGAAAUUAAAGAAAACGAUGUAUUAAUUGAAUAACAAAGUUAAGGGGCACAAGGUAAGGGUCAGGGCAGGAUUAAAAUAACAAAUAAAAUAAAACGAAGUGUUAUGACAACAAAUAAACCAACUGUUAACAUGAACCCUAAUUCAUUUAAAUCAAUUUGCAAUAAGUCUUAUGUUUUGUCAUUAUUUUCAGUUUCCAAACGGGUAUAAAAUUGUCUUAAAAUACUUG